AUGCAUUUUAUCGACAUUGUUUUUAUCGUUGUUUUUGUUGUUGCCUCGAAUAAUUGUUUCGGAACACCUCUCGAUGACUAUGUCAAUACUCCCGAUCCAAUGUUCAGCUGGAAACGUCUUCAAACUUAUCCAUUAUCGACUCAUACACUCUACGUAUUGAAUAUGACAUCACAACAAUGGUUUGAUGAGUCAUUUUCUUCACAUCCAAUUUGGUGGCAUUAUUUGACUAUAACAGUUCCAAGAAGUAUUCGUCGUUAUAGAACGACAUUCCUAUUAAUUAAUCAAGGAGAUAAUACUGAUGCAAUGCCUACAACGGAUCCAAUGACGAAUCUUGCACUGCGUACAGAUAGUAUCACAGCUACGAUUUAUCAAAUUCCUAAUCAACCAUUUCGUUUUUGGAAUGAUCCAUUGAAUAAACUUCGAGAUGAAGAUGCACUUAUUGCUUGGACAUGGAAGAAAUUUUUUGAUAUCAAUGGUACUGAUCCAAAAGUGCUUCUUCGUUUCCCAAUGACUAAAGCAGUCGUACGAGCGAUGGAUACUAUUGAACAAUUCUUCAAACAACAACACAUUACUGUACCAGAAGAAUUUGUUAUCGGUGGUGCUUCAAAACGUGGAUGGACCACAUGGACAACUGCGGCUGUCGAUAAUACACGAGUAGUAGCGGCAGUUCCUAUUGUCAUGGAUCUAUUGAACCUGCGACCAAGCAUGAUGUCACAUUAUCGCUCUCUCGGUGGAUGGACAUUUGCAUUUAAUGAUUAUUACGAAAUGAAUAUUACUCGCUAUAUGAACAGUUCUAUGUUUGAUAAAUUGGCUGAAAUGGUUGAUCCAUAUUCAUUUUUGGAUCGAUAUAGCAACACGAAAAUUUUUCAACUUCAAGGUGCUGGUGAUGAGUUUUUUCUACCUGAUAGUGAGGAUUUUUUCUGGAAUGAUUUGCAAGUUACUACUGGUGGGUCUUAUUUGAGACGUAUACCUAAUACUGGUCAUAGCAUAAAGGGAUAUGAAGACAGCUUAGCUAGUUUUUAUUUAAGUGUGGCAGAUAGAAUACCAUUACCAUCAAUGAAAUGGACGCGUACCGUGAAUGGAACACACGGUAUCAUUCAUGCUAUCGUUGAUUUCAGUGCUGGAAGGCCGAAACCUACAGAUGUUUCUGCUUAUCAAGCUCGUACUAGUGAUACUUUAAGACGUGAUUUUCGACGAGCAAAACUUGAUCAAAGUAAUGGUAAUGUUGUUGUUAAUCCUGUUAUUUGGUCAAAUACAGCUGUUCAAUUCGAGGGUCAAAUCGGUUCAACUGCUUCCUAUUCACUUAUAGUUCCUAUUCCCACAGAUGGUCAUUGGGUUGCUGCUUUUCUUCAAGCUACAUUUUCUGGACGUGAAGGUACAAUAUUGACUUUGACGACAGAAACCAUUAUUUUACCAAACACUUAUCCAGUACAAGAAUGUCAUGAUCAAGAAUGUUAUGGUAAACUUGUUUAA